AUGGUGGAGAAAAAUAUUUUGAGGAGGGAAAACGAUGACGGUUUUGUAUACUACCUCGUGGUUCAAAUAAACGGACAUUUACCAAGUCAGUAUACAGACUGGGGUCAUUCUCAGUCCGUCCAAACUCAACUAACUAAUCAGGUGCAAGAAAAUCGGGCCAAUGCUCACGUCAAAUCCGGAAAUGACCAAUCC